AACAAUCUCACUUUCACGCUUGGCAUCGACGCGACAAUCUAAGGAAAAUGUGAUCUACAGCAGAAAAGUAAUGAUGCGUGAAAAACAUUUGUUAUAAUGGUUCUUAAACGUUUUGUGUCGGAAAUAAGUGUUUUAGAAGUUUUGAAUGUAUUUUUGUGAAGCGAUUUGACCAAGGGACUAUCAUAUCGGUGAAAUGGAGCAACGAAUAGUGUAUUAAAGUAUAUUUUAAUUUAAAAUUUAUCAUGGGUUCUCAGCCACCCAUCCGUGGGGCCCGCCCCCCCAGCCACAUCGCGUACUACGUGGCUUUAGCUGGUGUGGUCGGGUUGCUGCUCCUAUUGUGCUGUUACUUCUUGUUCUUCUGCAUCAAGAGGGUUAAAGAAUUGACUGUGCAAGAGUACUGCAACCCCGCCCCGACGGCUUCCCCCAAGCCUGCGCCCUCUGCAGCAGCCUACCCCAUACAACCAGGUGUCCGCGACACAGCGUCAGCUAUGGCGAAGCUGUGCCGCCAACUGCCCUCGCAGCCAGUAGGGGGCGCCGUGUUCCCGGCCGAGACCGCCCCGCCUUCCAGCGGCCCGGGGAAGAUUGUGACAACGGCCGUCACUGUUGACACGGUCGAUGAGGUUCCCGUCCGGUAAAGACUUGUUUAGUUGAAAUAUGUUGAAGAUUUUCAAACCUUCAACCUACUUGGUAUGGAAAUAAGUCUUAUAAUGUGCCACGUGUUUGUAUGUUUCGUUCCUUCAGCUCCGAAGUUAAACAUCGAUAUAAUAAUACUCGCGUAAGUUGACUCACAAAAUUCCACCUAAGCAAACAUAGAUAAUCUCAUAUAUACCUACAUACAAUGCAAGUUUAAUAAAAACUUGUAAACCGUUUCUAGGGACCCUAUGAGCAAUUCUAGAUUGUUCGACUGUGACUGUUGCCACAUCCAAUGAAAUUACUGUACAACUUAAAUACUUGAAAAACUCACCUGAAGCCCAUGCGGAUUACAUACUGAAUUGCUUGUAAUUGUGUAAAAAAAAAACAGCGACGUGGUGUUUGCAUGCUGAAGUAAUUGUUAUUUGAAAUAUAAAAAUUACAUUACUUAGCUUUGAAUUCUAUCUUAACAUGGGAAUCAAUUGUCAAAAAAAUCUGGAUCGCACAUUUUCCCAUUUACCUAUUGGCAUUCUAGGCGGCCAGCGCAGUAAGUAACAAAACAUACAAACCUAUUUUAUUCAAUCCUACUAAUAUUAUAAAUGCGAAAGUUUGUGAGGAUAGCUAUGUAUGUUUGUGGCUAUUUCACUCAAAACCUAUUGCAUCAACUGUUAUGAAAUUUGGUACACGAGUAGCAUAUAACCUAGAAUAACACUUUAUACUGUGUAUUCUAAUAUUUCCGAAGGGACAAAACUAGUGCAAUAUAAAACUGUAAGCCACCUACCUUGUCAAAACUGUAUAACGUAUACUAGUAUGUCAAAGCUGAAAAUAUACAUUUGCCUAUGUAUAAUCAAAUGACUUUAUAAGUAUAACUUAACUAUAUAUCUUAGAUUUUAUAUAUUUGUACGUGCUUUUACGGUGAUGUUACUUGAUACUUAUUUGCUUAAAAUGUACAUGGAAAUUUUGAAAUUUUAUAAAUGAAAAAAAAAUCAAAUAAAAGUUAAAGUUAAAAAAGUUUUAUAGAUUGUUUAUUGUAAAUUGAACGAAACCUGCCAAUAUAUUUAAUAAAUAUCCUAUCAGAUUAUGGAUAUUAUUAGCUUUUAUAAAGUACCAAAGAAGAUAGUUCAUGAUAAUGUAAUAAUAAUAAUAUGUAAUUAGAAUACAAUAAUAUUUUUGCCAAUUUAAAAAUAAUUACAAAUAUA